UUGGGUUUGCGCAGGCGCCUACGGAAGUAGGCCGCAGGAAGCGGAAGUCCCUCCUCUCCUUUCCUCUAUCUUCAGAGGCCAAAGCAACGCGGAGGAGACGGCAGUGACCUGGAAGCACCCCCACCGCUACCAUGAGCCUCCUCAACAAGCCCAAGAGUGAGAUGACCCCGGAGGAGCUGCAGAAGCGGGAGGAGGAGGAAUUUAACACGGGUCCGCUCUCCGUGCUCACUCAGUCAGUCAAGAACAACACACAAGUGCUCAUCAACUGCCGCAACAACAAGAAGCUCCUGGGCCGUGUGAAGGCCUUCGACAGGCAUUGCAACAUGGUGCUGGAGAACGUAAAGGAGAUGUGGACCGAGGUCCCCAAGAGUGGCAAGGGCAAAAAGAAGUCCAAGCCAGUCAACAAGGACCGUUACAUCUCCAAGAUGUUCCUGCGUGGGGACUCAGUCAUUGUGGUCCUGCGGAAUCCGCUCAUCGCUGGCAAAUAGGGGCCUCCUCCCUGCCGCCAGACCUCCUCCAUCCCUUGUCCUGCAAAGGCCUGCCCUUUGUGGUGGGAAUAAUAAAGUCCUGUGUUUUUUUCUAGUGGCA